AUGGCCAACCCUGGAAACGUCGCUCGUGGUCUUAAAGGCGCUAUCUCCAACCCGAACAACUCGGAGGAGGCUAAGCAGCGCGCUCAAGACCGCUUCAACGACAUGGAAGCCCGCGGCGAAGUCGACAGCGCAGAGGCUCACGCCGGACAAGUUGAGCGUGGCCACAAGGCUGCGAUCUCGAACCCCAGGAACUCCGCAGAGGCCAAGCAGGACUCCCAGCAAGUGCUUGAGGAUAUGGAUUUCUGA